AUGGGCCAAGGACAAUCCACCGCGCUACCUGCGGGCCCUACCGCACUCGAAGCAGCCGAGCUAGCAGAUCUCACCUUCGAAAAGCCCUUGGGCGGUACUCGAUUCCUGCGCACCGUCCGGGCAAGGCAUCAGAACGGCAUCGUCGUCGCCAAGAUCUGCCUCAAAUCCAACCCGAGCAUCUCCUUCAAAUCCUACGCCAAGGCCCUGCGACAGGAACGACAAGCGCUGGCCGACGUCCCUAAUGUGCUGAAUUAUGUGCGUAUUCGCGAGACGGGUGCCGUGGGGUUGUUGGUGAGGCAGUAUGUGCAUUCGAGUCUUUAUGAUCGAAUUUCUAUACGACCGUUCUUAGAGGGUGUGGAGAAGAAGUGGAUUGCUUUUCAGCUGCUUUGUGGAUUGAGGGAUUGUCAUGCUAGAGGUGUCUUUCAUGGAGAUAUCAAGUCGGAGAAUGUGCUUGUGACUUCUUGGGGGUGGGUGUACUUGACUGACUUUUCGUCAACUUUUAAGCCGGUCUAUCUUCCCGAGGACAAUCCGGCAGAUUUCUCAUACUACUAUGAUACCUCUGCUCGACGAGUAUGCUACCUUGCGCCAGAGCGAUUCUUGGCAGCGGGAGAGCGGGCGAGCGAGGGGAAUGUUGUGCAGUGGAACAUGGACAUAUUCAGCUUAGGCUGUGUACUGGCAGAGCUCUUCACGGAGGCGCCGACUUUCACGCUCAGCCAGCUCUUCAGGUAUCGAAGAGGCGAGUACGACCCUACGGCCUCCCUCUUGAGCAAAGUGGAUGAUGAGCACAUGCGAGCACUUAUCUCCAGUAUGAUCAGACUAGAUCCUGGAGAGCGAUGGCAUGCGCAGGACUAUUUGGACGAAUUUAAGGCCAAGGCAUUUCCGCUUUACUUCUAUCAGCACUUCCAUGUCUUGAUGCAGGAAAUCACAGACCCUAGCUCAGGUCGCAGAGCGGCACACUCAGAGACCGUCAACAACGGCGUCUCAGACGAUAGGAUCAAUCGCAUCUACAAUGAUUUCGAGAUGUUGGCCUUCUCGCUCGGCUAUGGAGAUGUUCAGUCACCUCUGCCUACGCGGACGCCAAAGUUCGCGAGAGGCCUCUUCCCUAUGCAGAUCGACUUGCCGAACAAUCGACACAUCGCUAAUGCUUCGCUUGCUAUCUCUGGUGACAACGGCACAUUCAUCCUGCUCAACGUGGUCACGGCGUCGAUUCGUAGCGCGGGAAGAGCAACAUCCAAGAUACAAGGAUGCGAACUACUGCUUGCCUUUGGCGAGCGACUCCCGGACGAAGCCAAGCUCGACCGCAUACUGCCAUACGUUAUGCCAUUACUCGACGACAGUGAGCCAAUGGUGCUGGUGGCUGCUCUACGUACCAUGACACAACUCUUGGCAUUGGUGACUGUGGUCUCCCCUGUGAACUCCUUCCUCUUCACGCAGUACAUGUUUCCGAGACUGCAGAUUUUUGUCAAGACGAAUGGCUUCAAAACCAACUCUAUCGUUCGAGCAACAUAUGCGGCAUGUCUUGCUAGCUUAGCUGAGACGGCAUCACGAUUCCUGGAUAUGAUGCAAGCACUUCGAGCUGAGGGCUCACUGCCAUCUGCUGAGAAGAUCGGCGAUGAUGAUGUUGAUGGGUAUGCUGCCUCUCACGAUGCCUACGACGUCACUCGCAUCGAUGUGCUGGAUGCAUUCGAAGGUCAGACAAAAGUGUUUCUCACGGACACGGACAACGCUGUACGUCGAGACUUUUUGACCUCGGUCCCGAGCCUAUGUGUCUUUUUCGGCGAAGCAAGAGCCAGCGACAUCAUCCUAAGCCACUUGAACACUUACCUCAACGACCCAGACUGGCUGCUCAAAUGUGCCUUUUUCCGGACCAUCGUGGGCGUUGCAGUAUACAUUGGCGGAGCCAGCCUGGAGGAAUUCAUCUUGCCGCUGAUGGUGCAGGCUUUAGCAGAUCCACAAGAGUUUGUCGUCGAGCAAGCUUUGCGGUCAUUAGCUAGCAUGGCUGAGCUGGGCCUACUCCAGAGACCGAAGACAUGGGAGCUGAUCGACACAAUUGCAAGAUUCGAGCUGCAUCCAAAUAUCUGGAUCAAGGAAGCGGCUGCCCAUUUCGUGUCUGCUGCAACCACAUACCUCUCGGUGGCUGAUGUGAGGAUACUAGUCUCACCGCUCAUCAAACCAUAUCUGAAAGUCCCGAUCAGCAUAGUGUCGGAGUCAGAUCUCCUCGAUGCGCUCAAGACACCUAUUCCACGUGUUGUGCUUGAUUUGGCAGUGGACUGGGCGAAACGAGCAGAUCGUGGCUUGUUCUGGCAAGCUGCCAAGGAAGGCAGACAACUGUCAUAUCGUGCUGUGAAUCGCAUGCCUCCGACAUCGUCUGUAGCCGAGCUUGGGCCCAAAGCGUUGAGCAGAGUACCGAAGAAUGAUGAGGAUGAACAGUGGCUCGGUCGACUGCGCAAUGCCGGAUUACAUGGUGAGGAUGAGAUGAAGCUGCUUGCGUUUCGAGAGUAUCUCUGGCGUGCAGCACAGCGAAUGAAGAAGGACGACCAUACGACGCAUCACUCACUGUACGAGCAAGUCAUCAACCUCAGUGGCCUCAAGAUUAUGCCACAGACUGUGAUCUUCGACCGAGACGUGCAAGUGUAUGAGCAACGCAUGCGUGAUCAAGGUCAUUCCGAGAGAACGAUUGCCGAGGCACUUGAGGAGGCCGUGGAGUCGUCCAAAGACACAACUACAGGACUCAAGAGACUAUCUCUACACGGCAUAACGGGAGACCUUGAUAGCCCAGCCGAUGCUUCGCCUGGUGUAAGGGCAAUCGACAUCCAACCUAGGAUGCUCUCCGAGCUCCGAAAAACGACUUCAGGCAGCCUGUCUUCCUCACCUGGCUCAGGUAUUGAUCUACUGAAGGCUGGCGAUCGUAGUACCAGGCAGAGAAGUGGUGCUACUGGCUUGCUGAACGGCAAUGAUCUGCGCAACAAAGCAUUACCGGCAGUGAGCACCGAUGUUGCUACUGCAGCGGGCAGACUCAACACUCCGCCAGUAGGCAGCAGGAGGACUUCACCUAGCCUUCAGAGCGGCUCAAGACCAGGAGUGCUAGACCGGACAGCCAGCCAUGGGUCAGUACACAACUACAGUGGCAACGACCCGGCAGUGCUGAAAUUGCUUGACGCUGUAUAUGUGGACAGUUUCUCAAUCGAUCAUACUGAGUUUGGACCUCUCAUCCAACCAAGCGCACGAGGGCCAACACCCUCUGCCACCACUGGUACGCAAGCUGUGACAUGGCAGCCUGAAGGCCGGCUCAUUGGAAUUUUGUCCGAGCAUACUGCGCAAGUCACGCGCAUAGUGGUAGCGCCAGAUCACACCUUCUUUGUCACUGGCUCGGAUGAUGGCACGGUCAAAGUAUGGGACGCAGCAAGACUGGAGAGCAAUGUCUCGCAUCGAUCACGGCAGACGUACUCACUUCCGACUGGCGCCAAAGUCACAAGUCUCUGCUUCGUAAGCUCGACCCAUGCUUUCGUCUACACAGGCUCAGAUGGUAGCGUGCUUGUACUGAAGGAGGAGGUCUCUGAGCUUCAUGGCAUCACAAAGUAUGCCAAGCUACGUGUAUUGCGUGAAUGGCAGAUCCCAACCAGGAGUCCUGGCAAGGAGUACGCGGUAUGGACCGAGCACUUCCGUGGCGAGUCUGCCAGCACCCUAGUCCUUGCCACGAAUCUAGGGCGCAUCCUGGCUCUCGAUCUCCGCCACAUGACUCUCCUCUUCGAUCUAGAAAACCCAGCUCAGCACGGCACACCGACCUGCUUCUGCAUCAGUCGACGCCAAGACUGGCUUCUCGUUGGGACGACGCAUGGCGUGCUUGACCUAUGGGACUUGCGGUUCCAGGCUCGACUACGAUCUUGGACGUUCCCGUCUGCGGCGCCCAUAACAAGGUUGGAACUGCAUCCGAGCAAAAAGUCGGUGAAGAGGAACAAGGUUUUCGUUGUUGGUGGAUCCGCAAGGGGCGAGAUGACCGUUUGGGAUAUGGAGAAGGUGAUCUGUAAUGAGGUCUACCGACCUUCUUGUGCCGUAACGACGAACAGCGAGCGCCUGCAUCAUCGAGAUUAUGAGCUCAAGAACCUUGAUGAUGAAAGACCAGAUGCCUUACUUGGUAAAGUAGCCGGCACGGUAGCCACAGAAAGUGAAGUGGGUGAGAAAGCGAACAUAUUGCCCACAGUGCCAACCUCACUAUCUAUUGGACUACAUCGACCAGCUUCGGAAGAUGCAGAAGGUGUCCACGCCUUCGCAUUGACAGGUGGUCCAGAUGGAAAGGUUCGUUUCUGGGAUUGCGAUCAUCUCGAAAGCUGUUCCAUCGUAAGUGGGUGCCCAAGCGACGAGAAAGCGACGUACAGCUAUGCCUCUCUGGGACUCGAUACACGGGUACUUACAGAGAAGCUCUCGUCCAUCGAGCCAGCGACAGGCGCGGCAGCCGCCAUGGAGGCGAGUAGAGCGACUGCAUCCAGUGUGGCAAAGCGCAGUGCUACUGCCAGUACCAAGCCCAGCAGCAAGCCAUCGAGGUACGACGCCAUUCGGCUCUCUGCUCAAAGACUGUUAGAUGGGCAUCUAGAUAUAAUCACGGACGUUGCAUUGCUCGAGCGACCCUUUGGCAUGGUAUUGAGCGCUGAUCGGACUGGACAGGUCUUCGUGCAUCAGUAG